AUGGAUUUCCAAGACUUCACUAUUAUUGACAAGAGCUGGAUAGGACUUCCAAGAGACCACGACGCAUUCAAAGCAGGAGUUCGAAAUUUCAUAGACUAUGCGAGCUGGGAUUUAGAACCCGACCAGAAAAUAUUUUGUCCUUGUAAGGAUUGCAAUAACAAUAAGAGAGAGCUUGUGUCUGUAGUGCACGGACAUAUUCUGUGGAAUGGAUUUAUGCCGGGAUAUGUCGAUUGGGUAUACCAUGGAGAAGGGGAUGACCAGGUGAGGGAAACAACCAAUACUGGAAAUGUGGUGCAGGAAGACGAUGAAGAAAUGUCUGAUUUGCUGCAAGAAAUGAACUAUAACGCCUCCAAUUUUUACAAGUUGCUGAACGAUGCACAGUCCCUCGGUGGAUUGAACAUCAAGGGGUUUGAUGCGUUGUUGAGUCUCUUGACCAAAGCCUUUCCGGAUGCCAAACUACCAAAGAAUUUUUAUGAAGCUAGAAAAACAAUCAAGGGCUUGGGUCUUGGAUACAUUUUGAUCGAUGCUUGCGAGAAUGAUUGUGUUUUGUUCUGGAAAGAGAAUGCAGAUAAAACUUCUUGCCCGGUAUGUCAUGCUUCAAGAUGGAAAACUACUGAAUUGAAUGUGGAUAACGAAUCAAUCAGAAGAACACCAAGAGGUAAAAACAUUCCAGUAAAGCAAUUGCGGUACUUCCCUUUGAAUCCAAGACUUCAGAGGUUAUUUAUGUCUUCAAAGACCGCUUCUUAUAUGCGAUAUCAUGCCAAAAGACGUCCCAAAGAUGGAGUUUUGAGGCAUCCAGUUGAUGCAGAGACAUGGAAGACCUUUGAUAAGAAGCACCUAGCGUUUGCAGCUGAUCCUCGCAAUGUAAGACUUGCAUUAGCAACUGAUGGGAUGAAUCCGUUUGGGAAUAUGUUGCAUCCACAUAAUACAUGGCCAGUUGUUCUCAUCAAUUAUAACUUACCACCGUGGUUGUGUAUGAAAGAGGAAAAUUUUAUCUUGUCUAUGAUAAUUCCUGGACCCAAAUCCCCAGGAAACGACAUCGAUGUGUAUUUGCAACCACUCAUAGAGGAAUUGAAGGAAUUGUGGGAUGAAGGUGUUGAAACUUACGAUAUUUCAAAGAAAGAGAAUUUUAAACGUCGUGCAGCAUUACUUGGCACCAUCAGUGAUUUCCUGCACUAG